AUGCCAUACGCUUUAUCCGAGAGCCACAAGAAAUUAGUCUCUUCUCACUUGAGUGAGAGCGAUCCUGAGGUUGAGCAGAUCAUCAAGGAUGAAAUCGACAGACAAAAGCACUCUGUUGUGUUGAUUGCGUCUGAGAACUUUACUUCCACUGCAGUUUUCGAUGCUUUGGGAACGCCAAUGUGUAACAAGUACUCCGAAGGCUACCCAGGUGCACGUUACUACGGUGGUAACGAGCACAUCGACCGUAUGGAGUUGCUGUGCCAGAAGAGAGCGUUGGAGGCAUUCAACUUGACUCCCGACAGAUGGGGCGUUAAUGUGCAAACGUUGUCUGGUUCUCCAGCUAAUCUGCAAGUGUACCAGGCUUUGAUGAAGCCACAUGAGAGAUUGAUGGGUUUGUACUUGCCAGACGGUGGCCACUUGUCGCACGGUUACGCUACCGAAAACAGAAAGAUCUCUGCUGUGUCUACCUACUUUGAGUCUUUCCCAUACAGAGUCGACCCAACCACCGGUAUCAUCGACUAUGACACCUUGGAGAAGAACGCCAUCUUGUACAGACCAAAGGUCUUGGUCGCCGGUACUUCUGCGUACUGUCGUUUGAUCGAUUACAAGAGAAUGAGAGAAAUCGCUGACAAGUGCGGUGCCUACUUGAUGGUCGACAUGGCUCACAUUUCCGGUUUGAUCGCCGCCGGUGUCAUCCCAUCUCCUUUCGAAUAUGCUGACGUUGUCACCACCACCACCCACAAGUCUUUGAGAGGUCCUCGUGGUGCUAUGAUCUUCUUCAGAAGAGGUGUCAGAAGCGUCAACCCAAAGACCGGUAAGGAAGUUCUUUACGACUUGGAGAACCCAAUCAACUUCUCUGUCUUCCCUGGCCACCAAGGUGGUCCACACAACCACACCAUCUCCGCCUUGGCAACUGCUUUGAAGCAAGCCAACACCCAGGAAUUCAAGGAGUAUCAAACUCAAGUGUUGAAAAACGCCAAGGUCUUGGAAAAUGAAUUCAAGAAGGCAGGCUACAGACUGGUUUCUGACGGUACUGACUCCCACAUGGUUUUGGUCUCUCUAAGAGAACAAGGUGUCGACGGCGCUCGUACCGAAUACGUUUGUGAAAAGAUCAACAUCGCGUUGAACAAGAACUCCAUCCCAGGUGAUAAAUCUGCUUUGGUGCCAGGUGGUGUUCGUAUUGGUGCCCCAGCUAUGACCACCAGAGGUAUGGGUGAGGAUGACUUCCGCAAGAUCGUUUACUACAUCAACGAGGCAGUUAACUUCGCCAGAGAAACUCAACAAUCUUUGCCAAAGGAGGCUAACAGAUUGAAGGACUUCAAGGCUAAGAUCGACGAAGGUUCUGACAAGUUGGCACAAUUGAAGGAAGAAAUUUACAACUGGGCUGGUGAAUAUCCAUUGCCUGUGUAA